CAGCGGCGGCACGCGGCAGGCACCAGACAGUAGCUCAUGGCUCGCCAGGAGGGGACAUUCAGCAGAGUACGCCACCGCUCAUCAAUACCACACUUCACGGAAGCCUGCGUGCCUCCUGCGUAACCAUUGAUGGCGAGGAGUCAUACAGCUAUCUUAUUUAGUGACUCAAGUGGCGUGUAGCCUUGAUGGGUGUGCGUGAGGCGUGUGGUGGCGGGGCUGCGACGCGCUGCCGUGCGAGGGUUGUCGGCUGGAUGUGGUAACAGUGACCGGGGAGCUGGGGAGAGGAGGCUGGGGAGGAGCUCUGGAGGAGGGAAGGAGGGGCAGAGACAGCUACCAGCCAGCCACACAGACUCAGCCAGUGUUGGUCGAGGCGUGCCUUGGGGAGGGCUGCGCUGCACCCGCUCUCCUCUCAAGUUAAUGUGAACACAUAUUCCGUUAUUUCAGCCUCAGAAAAGGAAAUAACCAUCCUGUCGCUCGUAAAAUCAGUCGUGGUACUCGUCAUUACUCGCACGGAGGGUCGCCUGUGACGCUCAGGGAGUAACCACGGCGAGGCCCUUUGUUGCUGCUCCUCGCGUUACUGUGGGCAAUGCUACCCCUGUACUCGUAGCUUCCUGCCCUACAGCACCCAACCGCGGGGGUAAAAAGCCACCUUCGGGUGUGAUCCAAGUGUGGGUGAAGUGUUGGCGUGGGUGACUAGCGAGGGAGUGAAGUGAGACCCGCCCAGUGGAGGCAACUCGGGGUGAACUCAACACUGAACACCGUUGCGUGGAGCCCAGGCCGCUGCCACCACCACCACCACCAUCUCCACCGGGUAUUAUGAAGAGGUGGUAGGGCGAGGCGGCGCGGGCGAGGGGGUAAUAUGGUCUCCGGGAACUCACCCUUCGUCAGCCACGACGGUCUGCAGCCCGAGCGUGAACCCUUAACGUUUGAAACCAACACUGAGGACCUUCCCCCUGAGACAGCCGCCCUCGUCGACCACAUCAAGCAGGUAGCCGAAGAGGUCCUUUACCACUGGAAGACUUUCCCUCUGCACCUCCCGCCGCCCGUCGCCGUCCAGCAUGACACGCCCUCCACAGUAUCCUCAGGCAACUUCGGAGUAGGAAAUGGAGGAGGAAGUUUGGGAACCGUCAGUGGAGUCGGAGGAGGGGGAGGAGGAGGAGGAAAUGGACCCGGAAUAGGAGGAGGAGGGGGAGGAGGAGGGGGGAGCAAUGGCGGGAACGGAGGACUAGGAGGAGUGAGAGUGAAGCCCUUGAUUCUCCGCGAUGCUUUUGUAACGCCCUCCUUCGACGAGUUGGACGCUGUGGCUGUGGACUCAAAAGGCGACCCAAGGCGACUGUCCAAUCAUCACCUCCACUCCAUACGCGAGAAGGGGCUGCAUCGAGACAGUCAGGGGAAGCGAAGACGCCUCAACGGUUAUCAGCUGGAGACACUGCGACGCUCAGGGGAGUUCGAGGUGGAGUCCCUGCAUUUCCCUGGACAGACACACCGGUGGCAGGUCUCUGGGUGGCUGCAGAAGGGCUGUGAGAAGGCACACAACUCCCUGCUGGAUGAUGUGGCUCUUGCUCUCUCCCUCAUUGUGGUCACUGCCAAGAACAGGCUCUCCUCUCCCUUGUUCUCCCUCUCCCACUCCCUGCAGUCUGUCUGGCAGGGGAUCCUCAUGCUAGUUGACCUGGCGGUGGGCAUCCCCUGGGUCCAGGCUCACAACCUGGAGGCACGCAUGAAGGAGGAGCGUUGCAGCUACCUAGUCCAGGAAUUGACUUGCAAGGAUGGCGAUGUGGAUGGCCUGUGUUCGUGGAUGGUGCAACAGAUCAAGCGUGCCACAUGGGAGAAGUUCCAGCUGAGUGGGGAGAAGCAGCCACCCGUGCCGUACAUCUUCACCACACCCCAGGGCCUGGAGCUGGACCUCAGGCUCUUCAACAGGGAGUUGAUGAAGAAAGCGUUGCCGAUCCUGGUCAGCAUACUGGAGAAGGAAGCACGGGGCUGGUUCCUGCACUUCAGGGAGAAGGUUAUUGCUGACCUCAAGGCACAAAACCUCAGUGAUUAUGAGAUAGAGAAGGAGGGCAACAGGCUGGUGCAGGAGGAGUACCUUGGGCGGGUAUACUCAGCCAUCUUGGCUCACCCCUCACUGCUGGAGCUGGGCCACUCAGUCCCUGCCCUGUUGGUGAGCCAUGCCAAGGCUGUUCUCCUUAUGCACAGAGCACUGGACGAGGUGGAGCGUAUAUAUGAGGAGGGAGAGCGAGCACGUCGAGAGGAGCUGAGACACACACAUUCCAUAUUCUCCCGCAUCACGCCGUGGCUCGCCGACCAGCUGGCCGCCACGCACGCCACACUCAUGGAGCAGCACAAGUGGAGGCCGCAUGAGCACGCCCUCGCCCUGUGCCGCCAGAACAAUCUCCCACAGCAUGCCUACUUCCUCCAGCGGGACCUGUCCUUCAUGAGGGAGAGAGAACCAGUGCUCCUCAAUGAACUCAAGAACCUGAAGGUGGCAAUGCGAGUGUUCCAGUGGCGGGCGCAGGUGUGGUUCCCAAGCAACUAUGUGGUGAGCAGGACCUUCCAGGGAGAGAGUGAGCUGAUCCCCACAGUGCUGGCCUCCUCCCCCACCUGCAUCACCACCCCACGCACUGACCCCAACCACCCAGUCUACCUGCUGGAGAAACAACUCAUCCGCACCACCUCCACCCGCUGGCCCUUCUGGCGCUGGUUCAACUUCCUGCACCGCACCUGGGCCUGGAGCUCCAAUGCUCUCUUCUUCUUUGGGAUCUGGCUGCCUCUGUGCUCCCCCGUCAGCCUGCGGGCGCUGCUGUACCGGGAACCUUUCAUGUCUGACUUUGAGUUGUCACAGGUGAAUGGAACGGUGUGUCCCAGCAAGGCUUCACUCACCCCAACGCUUGCCUCUCGACUCCACACACUCUGGCGUCACAUCUCAAAGUCACGCACGCACUUUGAGACCACGCCAGAUACAGGGUUUAUUGGCAAGAGUGUGACGCGACAUAUCAACCGCAUGUGGAAUUAUGUGAUGAAGGGCAUUGUGGGGACCCUCUUCCUCACUACAGUGUUUCCGCUCACCUGCCUGGUCGUCUCCAUGGGGUCAAUGGCCAUUGCUGUCGCUGCUCCUCUCUGGGUGCCGAUGUGUGUUCUGCUGACCCAUGUUGCCUGUGUCUUCAUCUAUGACCUGGACUCCCCAACGGGCCUGAGGAAGUGGAGCCCCAUCAUGCAGGCGCUGGCCCUCCAUCUCUUGGUCCUGGGAGUCCUUCAGGCUGUCUUUGCUUUCUUCACCGUCAUAUUCAUCUGUCCUGUGCUCUCGGCUGUUGUGCUGCUGUGGGGCUUGGUGCGGCGCGGCUGUCGGCAUGUGUGGGACACCGUCAUGUUCCACCUGGUGAUCAAGAAGCGUGGCAGGAUCCCCGCCUCCGACAGCUUCCUGGUGAAGCGCAUCGCUGGGCCGGGACUCCACAACAACUUCUACUACCAGAUAAGCUGUGAGCAAGCAAUAGCAGCAUUUGAGGCCAGGCUGGAGCUGGACGAGUUGGCGGUGUACCAGAGAGAGACAGAGGGCACCAUAUACAAGCCCUUGGCAGCCUACAUGGAGUUUGUCCAGAGGUGCUUUGGUCCCUUCAGUGGUGUGAUUGGCAAGACAGGGAGCUAUGACCUGGUAGAGAGGGAGGUGCGGGAUCUCUGUCUUACCCUACAGGAGAAAAUAGACAGGAGGAGAAGAGAUUUGGGGCUCGGGCUUCCCAUCAACGUGAGGUCAAAGAUUAAGCUCACUACCCGAGACCUGAAGCUGGCCCUCAAGCAGUGCACAAUAAUGGUGGAGGACUUCUAUCCCACCCACGUGCUGGCCCACAUUGUCGCCCAACCGGGGGAGGCAGUGGUGACGAGGGGGGCAGCCAACACCAGCCACAAUGAGUCAGGCCGGGCACACACGCUGCCGGCUGGGACAAGGCAUGUGGAGAUUAAUGAGAGGAGUGGGGCAAGCAGCAGCAGGAGGAAAACAGAGCACCGGGAGACCAAGUUUGCUUCGCUGGAGGAAUGGUGGGACAGCAAGGGUCUGGCACCAGGUGAUUACGGAGGUCUUGCUUCACUGAUAUUCACAGAAAUAUUCUCGUCAGACUUCCUCACACCCAUGGAAGAAUCAGACACAAGUUUCCAGAUGGAGGUCCAUGGUGUUAGUCUGUCCCGCUACACUGAGAUGACCCGAUGCAUGCCAGACCGACCUGACCUUGAUGAGAAGUUGACCGUCCACACGCCCCGAGGCAAUAUCCAGGUCCACGCUCCCUACCUUGACCUGUCAUCUUUCACACCACUGGUACGCCAUGGGGUCCCCACUCAGAGGGCCAGCAAGACAAGCCUGGCUGCCAGACUCUCACUCAGACUCAAUCCUGGCCACAGAAUGGUGUGUGGGAGUCGGGUGCCGGAGAAGCUGCUCAUCCCCCCUCCCAUCCCCCACCCUGCCCACAUUUCAGUCAUCAUCCACAAUAGGGAGGCAACAGAAGCCAUCCCUCUUGACGCGACGCUCACUCUCCAGUUGAUCCGAACAAUUGAGGACUCCCCUCACGUGGUGGCCACCGUCACCUCCGUGGGGGAAGAUGAGACCCCCGCCUCAGACUCCCGCUCCUCCUCUCUCUCCCACGACCGCUCUCUCUACGACGACCCUUCACUCUUCGACGGCCCCUACAGCAGUGCCUCCCGCUCUGGCACAGCUGAUCGGCGGGGGAACUGCUCCCUGGGACGCUCCCGCACCGCAACGCUGGAAAUGACAGCCACUCUGGACCGAAUGGCGACUCUUGACCAGCGCACAAACAUGCAGGAGUAUAAUAGGUCUAGCACGCUGGAGCUGACACCCACGAGAAUGGCGCUGCGCCUGGCCACUCCCCUGCGCUCUCUCCUGGAAGGCCAGCAGCCGUUUACUGUCUCCCUCAACCUGGCGUCGGCAGAGGAUGUCAGUCUGGAGGUGGAAGAGGAGGAGAACCAGCCCAUCCCUCUCCAGCCUCUCACCCACUCCACCUACACAACUGCUGUGUGAGGAGGAGGAGCAGGAGGAGGAGGUGACGGUGGUGGUGAUGUGAACCUCCCUCACUUACCUUGCUGACUUUUUAAUCCACUCAUUACUCAGCACUUCUCUCCGUGAAUGUUUUCCUCCCCUCAUGAGUGACUUAGGAUGAUGUAGACCGUUUUAGUCCUCUCGCUCCACCGUCAGUCAGAGUUGUCAGUUCUACGUCUUGCCGUCAAACAUGCCUGUCACCUUUCAUCUUCCGUGUGGUCGCUGUUUCUGUCCCGUUGCCACUGAGACUCUGGCAACCUUACUUAUUACCUGUUUCUUCCCUUGUUUCUCUGGGCACACACACAUGUCUGUAGUCCAGCUUUCCUGUGGGGGAGUAAAGGGUGUUUGCUAUAAGGGAUCAGCUUUUUUGCAUAUCAUUUAGGACUUUUUGAAGAGUUGAGGUGAUGUGGGGGUGGCUUGAACUUAUGUGAGUGUGUUUUGUGUGCUAAGGUUGCUGUUGGAAGAAGACAAGAAGAGGAGGAGGAGUUUAUGAAUGUUCCUCGGUAAACCUUUUUGUUAUUUUGGGGGAUACGUUACCAAAAAAAGCUUCAGUACUCUACCAUGACAGUCAUAUGAGUUGAUGACUCUCCCAGCAACUCCCAGUACAUUGCAUGGGUGUGUUACUGUGCAUAUAGAUACUGUAUGCACUGACUGCCACAAAAUUCAGAGCAACACCAUCAGAAGUUACUGGAGGAGACUUGACAAGGAGAAGACUAUUAGAAGUUACAAAACCUCAUAUUGAUAAGACCCCAGACACAUAUACAGCCAUGGAACCCUUAAUGGUAUAGUAUUGAGGCUCUGGAGUGUGAUAGCCAGGGCUGUACGUACGUGUGUUGAUAAUAACAAUGAUAAUGUCUUUCAUGGUGAUUUCUUUCCGGACGUAUUGCACUUUUCGUCACCCAUAAGGGAUAUAAUAGAGUUACAAUGUGUCGUCAUUCACCGGUUCAUUCGUUCAACACUUGCACCAGAUUUUCCAAAGGUUUAUUGUCUCACAGGCUGCAUUUUUAUCUCCCGCGGCAGGACGGAAAGGACUGCUGGGUUUUAUAUCAAUUUGUCAGUAGUGUCACCCUCCGUAUCUUCAGACGCUCAUUAUGUGUUUGAUCAGUAAUGCAAAUCCUGGUCUCGGCAAGUAUUAGUAGUAUUAUAAAAGUUUAUUAAAGUGUGAUAUUGCAAAGUGCCAUUCUCCUUACGAUGUGAUCUUGACCGACUUGUGAGUGACUUACGAAGAAAUCAAAGCAUAAUUUAAUUCGUUAGUUGUACAUUGUAAUUAUUCAAAUCAGGGACACUAAUCCAGACUCUCUGAUGGUUGUAAUUCUGCGCGGUUCUUAAAAAAGUUGUGAGUUGUAUUUGAGAUAGAUUUAAAAACAAAACACCUGGCCAUUUUUAAAUCUUCAAAAAAAUAAAUAAAUAAAAAAUAGAGGUACAGUCAUAAACAGGAAUUAAGUAAUCUUUUUUGCAUUCACUUCCUCUGUUUUCUCUCUCUCUCUCUCUCUCUCUCUCUCUCUCUCUCUCUCUCUCUCUCUCUCUCUCUCUCUCUCUCUCUCUCUCUCUCUCUCUCUCUCUCUCUCUCUCUCUCUCUCUCUCUCCUGCCAGUCUCCUUUCAAAGUUCCUUAAUUCACAAACCACUUUAAGAAUCUUUUAAUAAUUAUUUUUUCAUUAUCUUUCAUUACUAACUCCUCUUAUCUCCUGUCCGUUUCCUUAUAAAGCCUGGAGGAAUUUCUCAGUAGAUCAUCCCUUUAAUUGCUGUUUUUUUUCUUUUUAUUAUCAUUCUACAGCCAGCUUUAAGUAUUUCACUGAUUCAGAAUUUGAUAAUUAUAAAUCUAAUUAAUUUUUUCCUUUUCGCUGGGCAUUUGUUAAAGAUUCUGCACAUUAUUUGUAGUAUCAAGUGUAUAUUGCUGUGGAAAAGUUAAGUGACUAAAGAUUGAUGGAGAAAUGCCAGACAGAGGGAGUGAAUGCAUUAUAUUACUCUGUUGCUGCCCAUGACUGUGCCAAGAUGCAUUGGGGGGCAGGGAGGGAGGGAACAAAGGACUCAAGGAAGAAACAGAGGAACAAGUAACAAGUUUGCAUUAGACAAGUGAGGUCACAAGUCUUAAGUGGUGUAUAUGCUAGGUCAGGGAUUUUGAAGUGAGGUCAUUUUGUGGAUGUGACCCAAUUAGCAAAGGAGCUGCAUUGAAAUGACCUUGUUCAGUUGGUAUAAGGAAAGAGAGACAGGUGCUAGUAAGGUUGAGGUGAGGUCAGUUUUGCCAGGGAUGGAAGAUUACAGCUGCCAGGGAAAAGGAUGACCAAAACUGAGAUAGAUGUUUAGUAAGAUAAGAGAAGGAAGAAUGCAGUGAAAAUUAGUAAAAAUCACCCUAGUUUUUAGAGGGACAAGUUAAGGUCUAUGUGAGGGAAGGCUAACCAGAGCUGCCAGGGAACUGUGUGGUAUAUGAGUCAAUGUUUCUUGGGAUAAACUGAGACAAGGCUGAUGCAAACUGCCAAGGAAGUAGUAGAAGUGUGUAGAGAUGAUUGGCAGACAAGCUCAUUAAAGUCUGUGAGAAGAGGAUAACAAGAACUGCCAGGAAUAGUGAAAUGGGAUGAGGUAAAGGAAGGGUAAUGCUAAUGGAAAGCAUGUAAAAAAUCACCUUGUUUUUUUGGUGGGAGGGCAAGUGAAAAUCUGUAAAAAGGAAGCAUAACAAGAGCUUUGAAGUUGGUUAAGUUGAUGGGAGUGUGACGACAACUGCCAGAAGAAUAGAAGUGUGUAGCAGUGAUGUAGCAGUGAAUGUAUUUCAAGGGAGAUAGUUAGUUAAAGUCUGUGAGGAUUUGUGAAGUGGGACAGGUUGAUGGGAGUGUGAUGAUAACUGCCAGGGGAGAAUAGAAGUGUGCGGCAGUGAGUGUGUUUCCUGGGCUGCGUUACGUUGUGUGGCGUUGUUGUGUUUGUUACCUUGAGGGGCUGCAGUGUGACGGUGUACGUACGUGUGGCUGUAACGAUGUACAUUUCUGUGAUUUGUAUUUGUGAAUCUCAUAAUGAUAUAUAUUUUGAGGCAUACUAUUAUUAUUACUACUAUCAUUAUACAGCUUGACUUUGCUCUCUUUUUGAUAUGUAGCAUAAUUUCACACACACACACACACACACACACACACACACACACACACACACACACACACACACACACACACACACACACACUACUCCAGCUUUAUUGUACAGAUUUUGACUGGUGGUAAAUGCUGCUCAGUUUAAAUACAUUUUUUUUUAGUGUUUAUGGUCAGACCUCAUUUUUUCACAUUCAUUAUGGUUAUUCAGUAGAUCCAGUAGAAUUCAUGACUCAUUUCAUGCAUCAUAAGGUUACACUGUAGUGGUUUGGGUGGGGGGGGAUGCAUAGGAAUGGCUGGUCACUACUCUGUGUGGGGUAUUGUAUUGCUACUGUCAAAUUGUCACAUUGGCUGGACUGCAGGACUGGUCAAACAGAGGAUGCCGUGCUUAUCAUCAGCCAAAUUCCAAAGUGAUGAACAGUUAAAUAGGGGAUGGCUAGUCAGUACUCUUAUUAUCAAAUUAAAAGGACUGGUCAAAUAGUUGAUGUGAUGCAUAUAAUUAGGGAAAGCAGUGUUAAAAAGUUAUAAACAGUGUUAAAAAAAAAUACGGCAUGGCUGGUCAUUUGUAUUAUCAUUUGUCGAAUUAUCAAGACUGGUCAGAGAGAUUAUGUAAUGCAUCAAAUCAGCCAAAAAGCAGAUUGUUUAAAAGUUUCAGUGAGUAUUUAUUAAAAAAAAAAGUGAUUUAAUUCAGAUCUCAUUCAUUCUCGAGUCGUGCGUGGAAGAGAGAAAUUUUUGACUCAUUGAAUUGGACGUAAGAAUCCAAAUGACGAUGAUUAUUAUUACCAUGUACAGUGUAUAUAUCCUGUGUGCUCAUUUGUAAAUUUUGUAAAAACUUAUCCCUUCAUUAAACAUAAUAUCUUACCAAAAAUAAAUAUAGAACAUGGGA